AUGCGUGCAAAUGGCACAGAGCUGCCAUUAAAAUCAACGGUGGAUCUGUCCUGCUGGCUAAACAGGAGUUCCAACAGUUCGAACUGUGACAUAGUUCUGUUACAAAACCACUCCAUUAUCAGUAGCGGCAGCUCUCCGAAAUCUUCAAUCAGGACCCAGAUUCUACUGAAUACUUUUGGGAAGCAGACAUUUGAAUGCAAGUGCAAAGGAUCGAGAUUACAGCUCAUAUGUGGAAUUUAUGUUUUUGUUGGAAUCGCUCCAGAUCAACCAAAAAAUGUAUCAUGCGCUCAGUAUGGAAAAUAUGGACGCACCAUUUGUGCUUGGGAUAAAGGAUAUUAUACCUAUCUGAUUACUAUCUAUACAUUAUGGGUAACAAAUGGAACAGCCUUGGGAGAAAAAAUUAGCACUACAGAUCACACAGUAGAUCUCAGAAAAAAGCUGGACUUUGAAACUACUUAUACAAUUGUGGUUGAAGCCACAAAUAAACUUGGGAGCAAUUCUUCUGAACCAAUGCAGUUCACAUUAAUAGACAUUGUGAAGCCUCACCCUCCUGUGGACCUCUCAGUAAGAUGUGAUGCCUUUGCUCCCCAAAAUUGCACCAUCUUAUGGCAAGAUCCGCAAGAAACACAGUGCUUUAGACUGAGAUACCAACCAAUCCACAGUAAUUCCUGGAUUACGCUUGAAAAUAUAAAUACUAGAAGGUAUGAUCUUCAUGGCCUACAGCCGAAGAUAAAAUAUGAGUUCCAAGUUUCCUGCAGGCUUCUUCUGGAAGAAGGUUUAUGGAGUGACUGGAGCCCUGCAUUUCAAACAGAAGCAGUGCCGUUCGAACCUGUUGAUGUCUGGUAUUUAAAGAAGGAGGUCUCUUCUGAAAUGCAGAACAUUACUCUCUUCUGGAAGUCAGUAAAUGUAUCAGAAACGAUAAGCAAAAACUUUUGCUAUCAAGUGAUAUUUCAAAACCUCAACCAGAUGCCACCCAGAAAUGCAGAAAUGAGUAUGACCACCCACACUGCUUUCUCGCACAUCUCCCUAAAGGUGGAUUAUAACAUAUCACUUAAUUCUAAGAAUUCGCGGGGAGUAUCCCCAUCUGUCUACAUAACCACAAAAUUGGGAAUUACAGAACUGCUACCACCUAACCAGGUCUCUGCCACAUCCAUGGACGAGAGAAUCGUUGUUAAAUGGAAAGCACCUUCAGCACCACCCUCUUUCAUCAAUGGAUAUGUAGUUGCAUGGGUAGAGGUCCCUCAAGACUAUCCCAGGAACACCUCCCCCAAAUGGUUUAAAAUUCCUGUUUCUAAUAGCACAGUAAUAAAAGAGAAUUUAAAGCCCAACAUAUGCUACCACAUCAGUGUGUUUGCGCUCUAUCAGGCCAGAGCAGGAAAAGCAGCUGUGACCACAGAAAAUAUCUCAUCAAAAGGUAACCAUAACUGGGAGCAGCAGGGAUGCGUGCACGCUGCUCAUAUAAUCAACUUUUUCACAAAGAUUUCCUUUGUAGCCCCAUUAACAGGACCUCAGAUUGUGAAUGUAGCUGUGAAAAAUGGGAGCAUUUUGGUAUCCUGGAGAGAAGUUCCAGAACGUCAGCGGAUGGGAUGUAUCACUAGUUACAAGAUUUAUUUGCAGAAACAAUUCUUUUCUGUACCGCCAGAUGUCCAUGGUAGUGGGGGUGGGCAACUUUCAGUCAAGGAACUAACAAAUCAGAUAAAUAAGCUAACACUUUCAGUCAGGAAUUAUAGGUAUUCCUCUGUGUCCAAAGAAAUGGACACUGCCUUAAAUCACAAAGGCAAAGAUAUGCAUCUUGAUCUGAUAAUAGCUUAUGCUAUGAAACAAUUGUUCUUUCACCUUUUUAUUUUUCCAGAGAUCUCUAAACCAGCCUCACAGCCCUUUCAUAUAAAAAACAUAGAGGCUGGUGCUUCCUAUGUUAUUUGGAUGACGGCUUCUACAAAUGCUGGAGAAAGCCCAAAAGGGAACGAAGAGCUGAUCUACAUAAAAACAGAUGGAUUUAUAGAUGUUUCUGACCGGGUUCCAAUUGUAGCUAUUUUCAUUAUUAUUGGACUUUCAGUCUUCAUUUGCUGUGUACCCAUUGUUCGGCAAAAGUAAGUGAUCAUAAAUUUUUUUUAGAUGUUUUUUUUCUUUUUUCUGUUCAAUCAUGUCUAGUUCUCAGAGAUUGCCUGGGACAAGUUUUCUUGGCAAGGUUUUUCAGAAGUUUCUUUGUCUUUAUUGUCUCCUUCCCAAGGCUGAGAGAAACUUGACUGGCCCAAGGUCACCCAGCGGUUUUGGACCUAAGGCUGGACUAGAACUCACAAUCUCCGGGUUUUUGGUUUGAUGCUUUAACCAGUGUUUCCCAAACUUGA